CAAAUUGACAAUGGAGUGUCCACAGCAAGGACACAAUGUAUUGUGCACCACAUCUCAUUGUUGAACACAAAAUGUCUUUUAUAAGGCUAUCGUUUACGGUCUCCGUCUCUACUCUCUCUCUACCAUCAUCAUUAUGACUGGGUUGGACUAUCCUCUUUUCCCCAUCUUCGCCUUCCUUGGCUUUGUAGUCGCGCUGAUACCUCUUCCAUGGCAUCUACAAGCAUGGAAUUCGGGAACGUGCUAUUACAUGAUUUGGGCGGCACUCUCUUGCCUCAACCAGUUCAUCAACUCCAUCGUUUGGCAUAACAAUGCCAUCAACUGGGCACCCAUCUGGUGCGACAUUUCCAUUCGAAUAAUGCUCGGUGCCUCAGUGGGCAUUCCUGCCGCAUCAUUAUGCAUCAAUCGCAGGCUAUACAACAUUGCGAAAACCCAUGCGGUCGCACUCACGGAUGAAGGGAAACGGCGAGCCGUCCUUAUCGACACCCUAAUUUGCGUACUUUUUCCUAUGGCAGUCGUUGCGCUUCAAUAUGUCGUACAAGGCCAUCGCUUUGAUAUUUACGAAGACAUCGGCUGCUACCCUUUCAUUUACAAUACGCUACCAGCGUUUUUCUUGUGUGAUAGCUGGCCUAUAAUUAUUGGCCUUGUAUCUUCGGUCUAUUGUGGUCUUUCAUUGAAGGCUUUUUACCUUCGCCGUGCACAAUUCACCCAUUUUAUGAAAUCCAACAAGUCUCUCAGCGCUAGUCGCUACUUCCGUCUCAUGGCACUCGCAACGACGGAAAUAGUAUGCACCAUCCCCCUCGCGUCUUUUAUGAUAUGGAUCAACUCGGCAGCACACCCUGUAGAGCCCUGGAUCAGCUGGGAAAAUGUUCACUACGACUUUUCGCGUGUCAUGCAAUACCCGUCUGUUCUGUGGACAACGAACUACCUCCUGGUUGUUGCCAUCCAGCUCACGCGGUGGCUUGUAGUCUUCUGUGCGUUCACAUUUUUCGCUUUCUUUGGGUUUGCCGCAGAAGCGCGGAAGAACUACAGCAUAGCUUUCUGGUGGGUAGCAAGGAUUUUCGGAAUCUACCCACCAAAGCCGCAACAGCAUAUUAACUUAACCAGGUUGAACUGUGCUCCUCGUGGGCCUGCGAUACAUCCAUCAGCAGGCCUGUUGCCCGUUUAUGUCGUCAAAGAACUCAAACCAACUAGUUCGUCUCCAUUAUAUUGGGAACAUUCGCAGAGCAAAACGAAUGCCCUAGUCUGAGAAGCAACACCUCCAACCUCGUUAGCUGAUGCCAUUCAUUAAUUAUGCCUUGUACUUCUAUCUUUCGAAUUAUGACGCCUCACUUUUUUCGACUCUGUCGAAUAGUACAAUUAUGUAAUGUAAUCUAUGAUGUAUGUACUUCCUCAAGUAGAUCGGGUCUCCCGCCAAAUAUGUAUGCAGUGUUUAUC